AUGCCGAAACAUCACUGUUGUGCCUACAACUGUACGAACAGCAAGGAAAAGAAAAAAAGACCUAGUCAAAUAUCCCGAAGUUGCAAAUGUUUUACUCUGCUUUCCACAAAAUAACGAAAAAAUACAGUAUGUUCCUGGAAUGAGUGAACAGGAAAGACGUCGAAGGUGGAUCGCAGCAUGCCGGCUGGAAAGCCUAAAUGUCACAAGGCACACUCGUAUAUGUGCUAAACAUUUUGAAGGAGGGUUAGGGCCAACAAAGGCAAACCCUGUUCCUACGAUAUUCGAUUUUCCUGAAAAUCUCCAGCGAAAAGAAGUGAAACCACGCCAGCAUCCGAAGGGGAGACGAUUGAAGAAUGCUUCCACAACAAGCAAAAUUCAGAAGGCAAGCAAACGGGGCAACUCGAAGGUUAGAAAAUGUCCCGAUUUGGUGGAACAGCAAGAAGUUCAUUUGGAAAACGAUGAAAGUUGUACAGGUGAGGAAACCGUAAAUCAGGAUUUAUUGCUUGUGACACGGGAGUUAAAUCUAAGUGAAAGUUUGAUCGAUGACCAGCAAAACUUGCUCGAAAAAUCUCAGCCAGUAGAACUCAACGAGAGUCGUGACAAGAUCAAAGACAAUAUAUUAUUGCACCAUAAAGCGGUCCAGACAGAUUUAUCGGCUGAUCAAAUCACCAGAAUGGAACAGGCGCACUUUAAAUUACAAGAUCGCCGCGGUGAAUUAAAAGAGAAUUGUUUAUGGAGGACGUGCAACGAGACGAUUCCUCGGUCCAGUUUUAUACUGGCUUACCUUCACUUUCGUGUCUUCUCAUGUUAUUCUAUUUGGAAGUUCAAUGAAAUAUUGGGACGGAAAGAACAAGACACGAGCUGA